AGCCAUCCCAGCUGACUUCACCAAGGAUGACUCCAACUACAGACCAAUCAUUAGAGGGAGACUGAGGCAGCCGAAGGAGAGGCUAAACAUGUGGAACCUGAAGCACAAAGGGGAGACCAAUAAGCUCCUCAAUGAUGACCAUCAAGGUCACCCAAUAAAAGGAUUCACCCCAUCAGCAACAAGAGAGUUGAGUCGCACACUGCCUGAGGAAUCUCCCGGCGAGGACCAAUACCGGAUAAACCGGGAAAUGGCAUGGCAAAAAUACGAGCUUCUCAAUCUCCUCUAGCUCCACCUGGUGAUGCCCAAAUAGCCAGCCGACAAGGAACACUCCGUUACUUCAGAGCAAGAGAAUCACCCUACCAUCACGAGGGGAAGCAUCACCACCGUACUUAUGUUCUCUAAACCAACAUGUAGAGAUAUGGAAGUCAGAACUCAGAGGCAUUAGCCAUUAGCAGAACAGGAGCUGAUGCUUAGGUCCUUUGGUCUCUUCUGCUGCUCCAGCUUAAUUCAUCUCUUUCCAGUCAAGGAGUAUAGAGCUAGGUGUGUGAGGAGCGAUAUGAGUUGCCAGAAAUUAGUUCCCAAUAUUAGAAGACCUGUGAUUUCCCGUUUGUGCAAUGUGUCCGGUCACACAUCUGAAUUGCUGGAGAUUCGUGCUGAUGAUCUGAAGUUGCAUGUUUUGUUCAUCCCUGGAAAUCCUGGCGUUAUUGCAUUCUACAAGGACUUUUUGGAAUCUCUAUAUGAGCGGCUUGGAGGAGUUGCAUCCAUAACAGCUAUUGGACACAUUUCUCACACAAAAAAGGACUGGGAGCAUGGAAGGUUGUUCUCAAUCCAAGAACAGAUUGAUCAUAAGGUAGACUUCAUCAGACAUGAAUUGCAAAUUACUGAGGUUCCUAUAAUACUGGUUGGGCACUCUAUUGGUUCAUAUAUAUCCAUUGAAGUGCUGAGGAGGUCUCAGAAGAAGGUAAUAUAUUGUAUAGCACUAUAUCCAUUUUUAAGAUUAAACCCAAAGUCAACAUGGCAGCCUAUUGUUGGGAGGAUUUCAGCGUCCUCAAUCAUCUCUACUUUAGUUAGUUUCAUUAUAGCAUUGUUGGGGCUGCUACCUAAAUGGGCUUUAACAUUGAUUGUGUUAAAGUCCAUUGGGAGAUCAUGGUCUGCAACUGCUGUUGAGGCUGCUUGUAGUCGGUUGCUGCAGGUGUAGUAUUAUUUUAUUUCUGGUUCCUAGAUAAAAGUGCUGGCUUUGUGUGUUGUAGAUGUAUUUGUAGACACCAUAUUUUGUCCGGAUCGAUAAGAAAUA